GGUCGUGUAAAUUUAGUACUAAAAAAGUUCAGUCCAAGUCAACAUGGUAUUACAACACAAUGAACUCAAUCUAACAUCAUAAAUAAGAUUAGAAAAAAGGGCCAAGAUAUAUAUAUAUAUAUAUAUAUAUAAGAUCACACACCUUUAACACAAAUUUUUAUCUUCCUUUUUCCUUUUUGUUUCCUCCCAUCUCCACAUAAUCAAUAAUGAUAAACCACUUUGUUGCAUAAAACAAAGCUCUUCUCUCUCCAAAAGAGAAAAGAAACUUGAUAAUUUCAUCUACCUCAAGUUUUCCCUGCUCUCAUCUCCCUCAAGUUUUUCCCUUUUUCUUUUUUCCUGCCCAUUAAACUAUGAAAAUGGCAGAUUACUAAUCAUCCUUUCCCCUCUAUAGGAAACACUCAUCAUUGCUCCCAACAAUCCUUUUCAACCUUAGAAACCUGUGAGCUUCCAAGAUUUGAUUUUCCUUCCCUUCCAUUCCAUUUCUUCUCACUCUCUCUCUCAUCCUCUACCAAUUUAAAUACCACAAUCUUUGCAACUAUUCUUCUCCUCCCUCUUCACCCCUUCCAAGUCCUAACCGCCCUCCCUCUCCCUCCUAUGAUGGAUGCUUCUUCCACCAACUCUGUCAAUGGCUUUUACAACUUCCUCACUCGAGGCAUAGACGAUCUCGAACGAGCUUUUUUAUCGAGCAACUUCAUGUCAAUCCAGUUCCUCCAAAGAGUCCUCUCCCUCCUAAGAUCCUCCCACAAUCAGCUCACCCUUUUGGUUCAAAAACUCCACUUACCCGUCGGUGAAAAAUGGCUUGAUGAAUACAUGGAUGAAAGCUCCAAGCUUUGGGAGGUCUGCCAAAUCCUGAAAACUGGGAUUUCAGGCAUGGAGAACUACUACUCCGCCGGCCUCAACAUCAUCUCCUCUCUCGACAGCCACCGCCAUUUGAGCCCGCAGCUUUCUCGCCAGGUGAUCCGCGCUAUAUCAGGAUGCAGGAGGGAAGCGGUAGGGCUGCAGGAGGAGAACCGCUCGCUCACGGAAACGAGAAUCGAGCCUCUCUCACUCAAAUUCGAUAACGCGAGCAUCUCUGUCGAAUCGCGGCUGCACGGAUUCAACGGAUUCCGCGGCGUGCUGUACGCCAUGAGGAAUGUGAGCUCCCUUCUAUUGACGAUUCUGCUCAACGGAUUGGUCUACUGCUGGCCGGAAUCGAAUCCCCCCAAUCACGGAUACGACGACGACUGCGUCCUGUUCGGAUCGUCGCUCAUGAUCUCAACGGCGCGGCUGCGGCAGAGGGUGGCGGCGGAGAUCGGGCUGACGGCGGCCAGACCGGGGGUGCUGCUGCACGAAUUCCGCCGCUCGAAGGCCGCCAUGGACGAGCUGAGAGCGGAGCUCGAGCGGCGGUGCUCGCAGGGGAUCGUGGAGUGGGAAUCGGAAGUUGGGGUUAGAGAGAGAGUGGAGAAUCUCAAGGGCUGUUUCGGGAUUUUGAGGGGCGGGACUGAGAAUAUAGUUGGGCAGCUUGAUGAUUUCUUCGAUGACAUCGUUGAAGGGAGGAAGAAGCUCUUGGAUUUCUGCAGCAACAGGUAGAGAAAAAAGUGGUAGCUUUUUUUUUUUUUUUUUUUAAAUUCAAGAAAUGGGAAGAAAAAAGAAAAGGAAAAAAUGAAAAAUGUUAAAUGUAGGUUUAGAUUUGUAGUUGGUUAUUGUAACUUAUGUUUGUCUAGCUUUUACCUUUUUACCCCUUUUCCCCAUCUCUCGAAAUUCCUCAUUUUGUUAUUUGUAUUGUAGUUUUAGUAAUAUCGGUAAAAUGCUUAAAAUUAUUUGGGAUA